AUGCGCCCGGAGCUGUCUAGCACCAACAACUUCAUUGUGACUCCAGUAUCUAACCUUAAGAAUGAGGUGGUGGAGAUCUUACAGAAGAUGUAUGCGUGUGGAGCCACGACUGGCCUGAAAGUUCAUCAACGAGCGUCAUCGUCCGCUUCUGCCACUGUCCAACAAUGGGUGGGCCGCCAGGCCUUUGCCUUCAUUUGCCAGGCCAUCGUGGAGGAGGACUGUAUGCCCAUGGACCAGUUUGCCCAGCACCUCCUCCCCAGUCUCCUCAGCCUGUCGUUGGACCCCGUGGCCAACGUCCGCGUGCUGGUGGCCAAAGCACUGCGGCAGAGUGUCAUGGAGAAAGCGUACUUCAAAGAGCCGGGCAGUGCCUGCUUAGAAGAGCUGGAGGAGACGGUGAUGACCCUGCAGGCGGACAAGGACAGAGACGUACGCUUCUUUGCCAGCCUGGACCCCAACAUGAUGCUUAUGGACACUUCUGCCUUAAUCUAGAACCAGCCAGCCUGCUCCGACCCACAGCCAAUAACUACCACCAGCAUCAGACCGGACCAGACCACUCACCUGCAGGAAAUAAAGGCACUGAUACAUAAACAUACAUACAAUCAGUCAUGUGCUCUCUCUCUCUCAAACACACACUCAUACACAAACUCUCAUACACACACACUCAUACACACACACACUUGAUCUGAAAACCGCACCUAGCUAAGCUAAACCAGCCACCGCAAAAUGGCGUCGGAUCCCAGGUAGAAAUCAACCCACCAUGCGGCUCGGCUCGCAUCCCGUCGUCGAGUCACCUCAACCCAUCCGUAUCCAGGCGGUUCUCCAGGUCCUCUGGUUUCAUCACGGUUUCUCUCUCUCUUUUCAUCUUGUCUUCAAUGACCUCCGUAACCACUACUGCUUAGGAGAAGGAACAACCGCACCACUUUCCACGAAACAAAAUGUGUUAAUGAACUCAUGGCUUCUUCCCUCUGUGUGUUUACUAUGUCAAUAAUGUGAUCCAAGUCUCCCAGAGACCAAUGAAAUACCUCUGGACAUUACUCAGGUCAGUUUUGCCAUAGGGGCGUUAAGCUUAUAGAAUGAGGUGCAGCUCUUUAGAACGUCACAGAUAGAAAUGUAAUGUAUAGAUAGACGCACUAGAAUUGUGAUUAUUCUAUAUACAAUGCAUCUGUACAUUCCUGUAACGCCUUGCUU